AUGGGCGAUAGCUACAUGAGCGUGGGUUUCUGGGCGGCGAAUAAGGCAGUCUUAGCGUCGCUCUUCCACCAGCCGUCGGAUGCGUUUCCGAUCAGAAGCCCCGAGUACGACGAGUUGCAAGAGUUCAUUCCGAAGCUCCUGCAGCACCAGGCGCACGCGCAUGCGCGCAGCCAGCUCAGGCGCGCGGGGAUCAGCGGCGGGGCGGGGGAUGCGGGCGGCGGGAGCGCGAGUGGCGGAAUAAGCACGUUCAGCGAAAAGGCAGCGCAAGCGCUGGGCUUGCCUGUCAGCUACGACCGGCGGUACCGUGUGAACGUGGCCGUGCUGACUCAGCAUGAGGGGAGGAUGCGGGCGCUGGGCAGGGACAGUCCACUCACAGAGGGCCACGUGGCGGAGUACAGGCGGAUGCUGCGCGUGUAUGAAGACUUCCUGCAGAAGCGGUCCCUAGCGAAGCUGAGGAAGCUGCGGGAGGACCAGGCGAAGCUUCCGGUGAACGCGCACAGGGAGGAGAUAGUGGCUGCUGUGGCUGCAUCGCAAGUCACUGUCAUCGCUGGAGACACGGGGUGCGGCAAGUUUCUUCCGCUCGUCCCCUCCCUUCAUACAUGCUUAUACUCCCUUACUUCUUACCGUUCGUCUCCCUUCUCAUCUCCCCCCUUGCUCUCCGCCCCUUUCUUUUUCCCCUCCGCCCUUUCCCUUCCUUCCCUGCGAUGCCCUCUGUCUCACAGGCGGGUGGCGUUUGAGUCUCUAAACGAGUACGGUGCGGGAGUGGCUUAUCGCAUCAGGUUCCAGUCCACAGCUACUGCAGCCUCGCGCAUCCUCUUCCUCACAGAGGUGCCGCCCGCCUGCACCUCCCCCUCCCCACUCGCCCACCAGCCCGCCCCUUUACCCUCCCACCCAUUCCCCACCUGCCGCUUCGCCUCCCUCAUAUUCAACUUUGUGUCUCUGCCUCGCCUCUUUUGUCGUGUGUGUAUGUAUGAUACGCAUGAUAUGCGUGGAGUGCUGCUGAGGGAGCUUCUGUCGGACCCUCUACUCACCGCCUACUCUGUCAUCAUAGUGGACGAGGUGCAUGAACGCCACGUCACCACUGACAUGCUCCUCGCUCUCUUGAAGCAGGUGGUGCAGCAGCGCAUGGACCUGAGGGUCAUUCUAAUGAGUGCCACCAUCAACGUGCACACCUACUCCGCCUACUUCCACAACGCCCCCAUUGUCACGGUCCCUGGUCGCACCUACCCCAUCACCAUAGAGCAUUUGCCUCAACCAGCAGGCGAGACGGGCCUGGCUGUUCCUCCGCCCGCCACUGCUCACACCUCCACCACCAACUGCAACCCCACUGCCGCUCCCGACGCUGUCAAUGCAACUGCUGGUGGUACUGUGGCUGGGGUGGGUCUGAGGAGAGCGGGAGGGGGAGGAGGUGCAGGGCGGGUGGGGAGAGAAGGGCGGGUGGGCAGUGCGGCGUAUGUGCGUGUGCUGGAGCGCAUAGAUCAGCAGUUCCCCGCAGACCAGAGGGGCGACCUGCUGGUCUUCCUCUCAGGCAUUCAGGAGAUAUCAGCAGUGGCAGCGGCAGUACAGCAGUACGCACAGGAAUCCAAGAGAUGGCUUGUGCUGCUCCUGCACUCCUCCCUCUCCUCCAAAGAGCAGGACAAGGUGUUUGCAGUGGCCCCUGCGGGUGUGCGCAAGUGCAUCCUAUCAACCAACAUAGCGGAGACGAGUGUGACGAUAGACGGGGUGCGCUUUGUGGUGGACAGCGGCAAGGAGAAGGCCGUCACGCACCUCGCAGAGAUCGCAGGCAGCACGCUGCAGGAGCAGUGGGUCAGCCAGUUCCGGCAGUUCUCCAUACCGGAGCUCCUCCGAGUGCCUUUAGAGUCGGUUGUGCUGCAGAUGAAGAUGCUCUCUCCAGCCUGCUCUCUCUCUCACUUCGGCUUCCUAGACGCCCCGUCCCCAUCCGCCCUCCAUCGAGCCGUGCUCUCUCUCACGCACCACGGGGCACUCGCCCCCCCGGCAGCAGCACCACCACUCACCACCACAGGAGCACCGCAGGAACCAGAAGCUGGAGGCGGAUGGGCAGGAGAGGAGGAUAAGAGGGGUGCAGGUCUGCGAAGCGGGGGAGAUAAUGGCAGUGUUGCUGGUGACGGCAAUGGUGGUGGCGGUAGUGGUGGUGAUGAUGAGUUGGUGGUGACGCCUCUGGGACAUGUGCUGGCUGGGCUGCCCGUGGACAUACCACUCGGCAAGAUGCUGGUACUGGGCUCACUCUUCCCCCCCAUAGCACCCCUCAUAGCGCUCCUCGCAGCAGCGUUGGCAGUGCCAUCGCCCUUUGUGCGCGUGCCCGAGGGCGAGCAGGGGGAGAAGAUCCGCACCGCACAGCACCAGCUGCGCAGCGGGGACGGUGAUGCCUUCACGCUCAUGGCCGUGUUUGGCGAGUGGAGCAAGGUGCAGAAGGAGUCCAGCAGAGCAGCGCACCGGUGGUGCAAGCGGCACGGGGUGGAGCCGCAGCGGCUGAUGGAGAUGGCAAAGCUGCACCGCCAGUUCACACACAUUCUGCUCUCCACUCGCCUCCUGCGAUCCACAGCACAGAGGCGUCAGCAAAUGCAGCAGGGGAGGAAGCGUGGUCGGUGGGACAGAGAAGGGAGUGAGUCGGGUGAGGGCGGCCUGGGGGGUGACAGGAGGGGAGCGAGGCACAGCAGAUGGGAUUGGGACGAGCGGCGGCAGCAGCUGAUGCAAGUUCAGCGCAUGCGGCAGGCGAGGGAGAGGGGCCAGAAGCAGCUGCGCCUGAGGGUACACAGCAACCACGAGGAGGAGGACGAUGAUGAAGGAGGGGGGAGUGGUGAGGAGGAGAUCGCAGGGGGGGAUGCAGGGGGAGGGGGGCAGCAAGAGGGGGUGGAUGAGGGAUACGGAGGCAUGGGGGAGGAGGAUCUGGAGGGGCUGGAGUUGAGGCUGUCAGUGGAUAUGGACCGCGUGGCAUCACUGGCCAAUAAGGAGCUGACACGUGGCGACAUUCACCUCAUCAAGUUCAUUGUGUGUGCCGCUCUGUACCCCAACAUAGCCAUCGCGGAUGCGCACAACGGCAUGCGGCGAGAGAGUGACCAAUUCUUCCACACGCGCCACGUCAGCAGCGCGUGCAUCCACCCGUGCAGCAGCCUGUGCGGCUCAGAUGCGCCCAUCACCGCGAGCGAGCUACUGGUGUAUGGCACUCUCUUGGAAACCACCAAGCUCUAUCUCUCCAAUCUGAUGCGCAUACCAUCGCUGCCAGCGCUGCUGCUCACGUCUCUCUCCAUCGACGCCUCGUCUGACGGCACGCGAAUUCUCUUUGACGACUGGCUGCUAGUGCGCCUCACACCACUCCCCAUGGACGAAGCUCGCAGACUGCUCGUGGGUGCCGGGGAGGAACGGCAAGGGAUGGAGGAGGAGGAGGAGAGGACGGAGGGGGAAGAGGAGGAGGGGGGUGCGGAUACGCAGGUCAAGGAACUUGCAGAUCGCAUUGCCACCUUCCUGCAGUCCCCUGUGCCCUUCUCCUGCCGCCAGCUCACUCCCAUGGCCGCCGCUGCCCUGCUCUCCCAUGCUGCCGCCGCAGCAGCACCAGGCAACAGUGGGACACAUGACUGCACACAUAACGUUGCUGGUGCUGGUUUUGGGUCAACCAAGACCAGGGAAGGCCAGCGGAGCAGCAGUGGGAAGGCACACUCAGGCGUUGCAGAGAAUGCAUCGGUGGGCCUGGGCUCAGUGCAAGGCGCAGGAGGGAGUGCAGCUGUGGCGACGGCAGCAGCACUGGUGGAGGAGGCAGAGGCAGCACUGCGGGCAGCAGAGGCGUCCAAGAGUGGGAAGCCAAUCAUCAAGGGUGGCGUUCUUGUGACGCCAUUCCUGCGCAUCGGGUCAAUCCCGUCGCAUGAGACAAACGUUGCCACACAGGCGUCGCUGCACAUGCGCAGCCACUGGCAGUGCCCGCUGUGCUGCUACAAGCUCAUCCUCACUCUGCCUGAAACCGUGGACCACCUUCGCGCAUGUGGCAACCUGCCCCGCCAACCCCAGCAUCAGCCUGGCACCACCGUUACUUCUGCUGCUGCUGCUGCUGCUGCGGCGGCGGCGGCGACGGCUGCUGCUGCUGCUGCUGCUGCGGCGGCGGCGACGGCUGCUGCUGCUGCUGCUGCUGGGACGGUGGAGGGUGGUGGAGAAAGGUUGGAUGAGCUAAUGAUAGCAGGCGAAGUGCUGGAGAAAGCAGUUAGUGAGGGCGACGGUGGGGAUGGGAAGGCUGCUGUGGGUCGGCGACAGACGGAGCCUCGCUGUGCUGCCGCGUCCCCGGUAGGUCUCAUCGAGCCCAGAAGCAACGUCGCUCUCUGCUCAUCUCAUGCACUGCCCGUGCUGCUACCUAUGGGCGCUUCUGCCCCUCUCCUCUCCCCUCCACCCCACAGCGUGAACUUUGAGUAUACUGCCCCUUCUGCUGCUCGGCCUCCCAGCCCCGUUGCUGCCAGUUCCGCUUAUGCUGCUGUUGCUGCCCUCUCUGGCACAGUGGGAAGCAGCAAAGGAGGGGAGGCGGGAGAGAGCUGGGAAGAGAGUGAUGGGGCUGAGGAUGAUGAGGAUGCCCUUGCUGUUGGUGGCGCGGAGGAGGAGGAGGAGGAGGAGGGUGAUUAUAGCGAGGGUGACAGUGAUUAUAGCGAAGGUGCUCUUGCUGCGGCCAUGCAAGAAGAGGCGGUGGUUACUGGCAGGACAAGUGGGGCAUGCCAGACAGGAAUGCUGUCGGGGGUGGCGCACAUGGCUAUGGAGCUCCGCACCCCCAUCGUCUACUACCGUCCUGACGGCCCCUCACGCUACCUUAAGGUGUACGUGUACCAUGCGCGAGCCAUGCCAGCUGUUGCAAAGGCACUGGUGGAGGCAGCAGAGAAGGGCCUCAUGGCGUCUGAGGGUCUGCAAUGGCCACGUGGCAGUGAACCAAUGGAGGAUAACAUCAAGUCGACUCCCACUUCCUCUCACCGUGCACCCCACGUUUCUCAUCUCUCGCCACCCCGCUGCUGCUUUCUUCCUCUCUCUCGCCCCGACCAGCUGCCCAUGCGGUUCCUCGCAGAGACCUCUCUAGCCGGGGGGGCAUGGUGUGUGCUGCACGCACCGCACAUACUGCCUCUUCGCGCCUCUGCUGCAGCACCAGCACCAGCACCAGCUCCUCCCCCACUGCUCUACAUCUCACCCGCUCCACCCCAAUCAGCACUGUCGAGUGUGCCGCUGCCCACAGCAGAUUCACAUCCGCCUGCCAGUUACCAACACGGCAGUACUGCUACUGCACUUCCCAGCCGCCUGCCGCCUCUCGCUCACUGCCCUCACUGCGGUGUGGACAUGACCGCUCGGCUCGGUGGGACCAACACCGCACAGCACCCCUUUGCAGACAGCAGUACCACAUGUGCACCUGCUGGCAACAGUCCCUUGUCCGUACUCCCACCCCUUGCCCGUGUGUCUCGCUGUGCGGUUGAGUGUGUGUCCUCAUGGCGCUCCUUACAGUCCCUCUCCCCUAAUGUCCUCUCCACUCUCGGCUCCCCAGACGCCACCCAGGGGGCCGAGCAGCUCCGCACUGGGAAGGAGAGCGCUGGGUGUGCGGUCAAGGCUGCUGCAACACGGGAUGCUAGGGAGGGAGAGUUUUGUCCUGCAACCACUGCAGGUGGUAGCACGGGGGGAGUUGGGGGAAUGGGAGGACUGGCUGAUAGGUCGGUGCUGCAGCUGGCGCCAAUGGUGGUGCUGUGCAUGCAUGUGGUGACCGGUGCUGGGGGUAGGGUGGCUGCUGGGGCCGCAGGGGGGGAUGUGGGUGGGCGUAAGGGGGAGAAUGGUAGGAGAGGAGGGGUGGGGAGAUUUGGUGCUGGGAGUGGGUUAGGGAGGGGUGGAGAGAGCCGGGUGAAACGGGGAAGGGAGUUGGGGGAAGAGAGGCGAGGGGGAGAUGGGGAUGAGGGAGUAUUGCAGGUGAAAAGAAGGAGGGAAACGGUUGUAGAGGUAGCAUUGGCAGGGAGAGAGGAGGGAGGUGGGGCGGGUGAGACAAGGGGUGAGGGGAGUGAGGAGAGGCUGGAGAAGUCAGCAACAGCGCGUGGCUUGUUUGGUGCGAGUGCCGGGGAAGGUAGCAACACGGACGAGGCAGGGAUGAGUUCUGAGUCGCCUCCAGCAGGGACAAAGGCAGAGGGUGUUGGCACAGGGUCGCAAGGUGCAGGUGCGAAUGUGUGGUGGCGGCCGCAUGCUGGUGGUGCUACUGCAAGUGCGAGGGGGAGAGCUGGUGGGGGUUCAAUGAGACUCGGAGGUAGGGGGGGUUCCCCCCUUCCGCCUCCCCACCGCUCUCCCCUCCCCUCCCCCCUGCCUGCUCCCCCUGCCCCCUCCCCUGGGGACAUUGAGUCGCUAGGGCUCAUGCUUGGAGGGGGUACCACUCAGGCUAGUCGGGAUCCCAUCCUCGCUAUAGCGCACGUCAUUAGUGGCACAAGUGGCGCUGCUGGUGGCGCUGUUGAUGGUAGAAACGCUGCUGCAAGUGAGGGGUGUGAGGGAAUCUAUGCUGCAAGGGAACCAGAGGGCACAGAGGCGGAGUGGUGCAGGGAGGGGUAUGAGGGCGUGGGGUUCAUGAGCAGUGAGAUGUAUGGUUGGGGGCUGCAGCGCGAACAGGAGAGGGUGCGAGAGAGGAGGCAGGAGAGGGAGAGGGAGCAGGUGCUGGGAGGAAGGGAGGAGGUGCGGGUGUAUAGGAGCGAGAGGGAGAUGUUGAAGCAGUGGCGGCGGUUCUUUGUGUUCGAGCUCGACCCCGAUGUGGUGGUGGUGUUCCAGGCUCGUGACAGCUGGCAGGUUCUCAAGGAGCGGUGGGCGGCACUGGGACUGGGGGAUCUGGACGUGGGAAGGCGAGGGGAUGGGGAAGAAGAGGAGGAGGGAGAGACUGGGGAGGAGCGGGAGGCGGAGGGGACGGGAGUGCACAGGGCAACGGCACGUGCGGAAGAGGAGGGGCAAGGAGGGCGUGCAGGAGGAGGCAAGAGGCGAGCAAGCAAGGGCAGUGGGCCAGGAGGAGGAGGAAGAGGGGGUGAGAAUGAGAAGCAGCGUGGGCGAGGUUUGGUGGUGCGGGGCGUGGUGACGUAUGGCAAGCAGUGGGUGCGGCAGCAGCUGCGCAUGUCCGCUACCUCCAACCAGGAGACCUUCCAGGUGCGAGUGGAGGGGCGGUGCAUGUUGGACCUGCUACGAGCCAUCCUCACGUCACAAGCACUCUCCACCUUCUCCCUGCACGAGAGCUGCCAGGUGUUUGUUGGGCGACCUCUGGAGCUGCUGUCGCCGGCGUGCAUUGCUGCCAUGUGGGGCGGUGGCCUGGGGGGCCGCCCACGCCUGCUGCGAUACGCUGCUGAGUACGCCAAGGUGGUGCACCUGCUCCUGCAGUCGCAGCGAACCCUAGUCGAGACAGUGGAAAUGGCACGAGUCACAGGGCUACUGCUAUCAGACGUGCAGUACCGGGCACAAAUGGCACGAGUACACAGCCUACUCCUCCGCACCGCCGGCCCCCACGGCUGGCUGCUAGGCGGUGCUGAUCCCUCUGGGCAGCUCACGCAGUCGCCCUUCCUGCUUCACCCCAAGGAAGCGUGCACGGCCGGUCUGUACCGCUCUGAACCGGUGGCCGUGCUGGACUUUGCGUCGCUGUACCCGUCGCUGUUUGUGGCGUAUAACCUGUGCUGCUCGUCGCUGGUGCACCCGGGGGACAGGCACCGCGUUCCGGAGGAGCAUGUGUUUGUCAGCCCAACAGGAGCAGCGUUCACGCGUGCAUCGCUGCACCGCGGUGUGCUCCCCCGCAUCUGCGCCGCUCUCAUCGCUGCACGCAAGGACACGCAGCGCCGCCUCUCCACACCGCCGCAUGCCCCCCGCACAGCACAGGUGGCAACGGGGGCAAUGGGGGCAGAGGCGGCAAUGAGUGCGGAGGAGCGGGCGGCACUGGAUGGCAGGCAGCGGGCGCUGAAGCUGUGUGCGAACGCGCUAUACGGGUUCACAGGGUCCAACGCGUCUCCUCUGCGCACCGUGGCCGUUGCCGACUCCUGCCUUGGCCUGGGAGCAGCAGCAUGCAUGCAUGCCAAGGACGCAGCUACCCAAAUCUUUCCCGGGGCAUGCAGGGUGAUAUACGGGCAGACGGACAGCAUCUUCGUUCUCUUCCCAGAGAAAACCCCAGCGGAGGCGGCAGCAAUGGGAGCGGAGCUAGCAGCGCGCCUGUCGGAGCUCUUCCCUGCCCCCAUGGCUGUGAAGCUGGAGCGAGUGCUCUGCCCCUUCAUGCUUCUCCAGGUCAACCGCUAUGCAGGUCGACAAGUCUUCCCUGUGCCAUCUCCCCCACCACCCGCACCACCCGCACAACGUACAGCGCCUCACCAGCACCAAGGCAGCACCCCAGCAGCAGCAGCAGCAGCACAAGAAGAAGAAGAAAAGGACAUGUCGCUGCUGCUAGUGAAGGGCAUUGAGACGGACCGCAGGGACGUGCCGCUGUUUGUACGUGCUACGUGUCGCGCCGUGAUUCGCCGCAUCCUUUUGGAUGGUGACGUGGCGGCGGCUGCACGAGAGGCGAGGGCGGCCGUGGUCCGGCUGAUGACAGGCGGAUGUAGCAUGUUCGAGCUCAUCAUGACAGGGGGCCUGUGGCGAGUGAACGACAGUGACCUAUCCGCCAUCGCAGAGCAGACAGCAGCAGCAAGUGCAGCUGCGGCAGGUAGAGCAUCCAGAGGCCUCGACUCCCCUCAGCGAUCAGAGGCAGCAGCAGGGGGGGGAGCAGGGAGAGAGGGAGCUGGCCCGGCGACCGCUGAGGAAGGCCGGGGCCCACAUGUGGCCCUCGCGGCCCGUCUCAAGGCACGCGAUCCUGACCGUCGGUUUCUUAUCGGAGAGCGAAUUCCGUACAUUCUUCUUGACAAUGGUGCACGGCUGCAGGAUGACAUGGCAGAGGAGCCUCUGUUGGCCCUUCUUUCCCAGCUGCCUCCCAACGCAGCUGUGUACGCACGCAACAAGCUGCAGAAGCCACUCUCCUCCGGCAGCAGGGCAGCAGCAAUCUGCAAUGACGACUUUUUACAAGAAGCAGGCAACAUGCCUCGUGUGCAGGGCGCCAUUGCGGCUCAACUCACCCCAAGCCUUCUGUGA